AUGGCGGCUUCGAGUUCACAAGCCAACGAUUAUACGGUUAUGGAGACAGAUCUCACAAGACAAUUCGCAAGGUACGAAAUAUUCAUCGGAGAAGGCUCGUCAAAAAAAGUUUACAGGGGGUUGGAUAGGCGUUGUGGUACUGAAAUAGCUUGGAGUAAGGUGAGAUUACUACCAGGAAAAGAAGCGUCUAGGGAAAAUCUUGAGGAAUUAUGUGCAGAAGCUAGACUACUGCAGUCGUUAGACCAUGAAAACAUUACGAAAUGCUAUCAUUAUUGGAUUGAUGAUGACCAGAAAGUCGUCAACAUGAUUACUGAGUUUUGUUCUUCCGGAAAUCUGACAGACUACAGCAGAGAACAUGUGAAUAAUCUUGUAGGAAAUACGGCAAUCAAGAAUUGGUGUAGACAGAUUUUAAGUGCGUUACACUAUCUUCAUACUAAUAAUCCGCCUAUUACCCACCGUGAUAUUAAGUGUAGUAACAUAUUUGUUAAAGGCAACACGAGCACGAUUAAACUAGGAGACUUGGGAAUGGCAAAGAUUUUUGAAUCAGGGAGUACACCAGCGUUUCAGACUGAUAUAUUUUCGUUUGGGAGUAGUUUAACGGAAAUGGUGAAUAAAGAGUUACAAAUCACCGAUCUCGGAAGCUACAACGAUCUGCUUAAUACCGGUUUCAAGUCUGUUGGGUUAUUCGGUGUGACUCACCCUCAGAUGAAGCAGUUGAUUGAUAAGUGUAUUGACUUUGCACCUGGUGGACCGACGGCAUUGGACCUUCUGAAUGACCCAUUGCUUGCAGUCGAUGUUGCUGACACAUCGACUGCAAGUACUAGUUCUGGUAAUCUGUCUCUGAAAGAAUCUGUGCAAGAUCAAGUGGCUUGA